GUGGCUGGGCAGAGCAACAUCAGGAAGGCCACCAGACUGGAAGAGCACAGCUGACCCCACACCAACUAGGGCAGCUGUUGAGUGAGAAGCAUGGAGGAAAGCAGGAAUGAGAAGGUGAACCAAGCCCACAUUCUCUUCGACAGAUUUGUCCAGGCCACAACCUGUAAGGGGACUCUGAAAGCUUUCCAAGAGCUUUGUGACUACCUAGAGCUAAAGCCCAAGGACUAUCGUUCUUUCUAUCAUAAACUCAAGUCCAAGCUCAACUACUGGAAAGCCAAAGCCCUCUGGGCCAAGAUAGACAAGAGGGGCAGCCACAAAGACUACAAGAAGGGGAAAGCAUGCGCCAACACGAAGUGUCUCAUAAUUGGGGCUGGACCCUGUGGCCUUCGUACAGCCAUCGACCUGUCCUUACUAGGAGCCAAGGUGGUGGUUAUAGAAAAGCGGGAUGCCUUCUCUCGCAACAAUGUGCUGCACCUGUGGCCAUUCACCAUACACGACUUGCGGGGCCUUGGUGCCAAAAAGUUCUACGGCAAGUUCUGCGCAGGAGCCAUCGAUCACAUCAGUAUCCGUCAGCUCCAGCUCAUCCUCUUGAAGGUUGCCUUGAUCUUGGGAAUAGAGAUCCAUGUCAACGUGGAAUUCCAGGGGCUUGUCUAUCCCCCUGAGGACCAGGAGAAUGAGAGGAUAGGCUGGCGUGCACAGGUCCACCCGAAAACACACCCGGUGUCAGAGUACGAAUUUGAAGUGGUCAUUGGAGGAGAUGGCAGGAGGAACACUUUAGAAGGGUUUCGUCGGAAGGAGUUCCGUGGUAAACUGGCAAUUGCUAUCACAGCAAACUUCAUCAAUCGCAACACCACAGCCGAAGCCAAAGUGGAGGAGAUCAGUGGUGUGGCCUUCAUAUUUAACCAGAAGUUCUUCCAGGAUCUGCGAGAAGCCACAGGUAUUGACUUGGAGAACAUUGUCUACUACAAAGAUGACACUCACUACUUCGUCAUGACUGCCAAAAAGCAGAGUUUGCUGGACAAAGGGGUGAUACUGCAUGACUACGCGGACACAGAGCUGUUACUCUCACGGGAGAAUGUGGACCAGGAGGCUUUGCUCAACUAUGCCAGGGAAGCAGCUGACUUUUCUACCAAUCAGCAGCUGCCAUCACUGGACUUUGCCAUCAAUCACUAUGGGCAACCUGAUGUGGCCAUGUUUGACUUCACCUGUAUGUACGCAUCAGAGAAUGCAGCGAUGGUGCGAGAGCAGAAUGGUCACCAGUUGCUCGUGGCACUGGUUGGAGACAGUCUGUUAGAGCCAUUCUGGCCGAUGGGAACUGGAAUAGCCAGGGGCUUUCUGGCUGCCAUGGAUUCUGCUUGGAUGGUACGAAGCUGGUCUCAGGGAACUAGCCCUUUGGAGGUCCUCGCAGAGAGGGAAAGCAUUUACAGGCUGCUGCCUCAGACCACCCCUGAGAAUGUGAGUAAAAACUUCAGCCAAUACAGCAUCGAUCCUGUCACCCGGUAUCCCAAUAUCAACGUCAACUUCCUGCGGCCAAACCAGGUGCGCCACUUGUAUGAUACAGGAGACCUGAAAGACAUUCACCUGGAAAUAGAGAACUUGGUGAACUCCAGGACACCAAAGCUGACGCGGAAUGAGUCUGUAGCUCGGUCCAGCAAACUGCUUGGUUGGUGCCAAAGGCAGACUGAUGGGUAUGCUGGUGUGAAUGUAACAGAUCUCACAAUGUCAUGGAAGAGUGGCCUAGCCUUGUGUGCUAUUAUCCACAGAUACCGUCCUGACUUGAUAGACUUUGAUUCUCUAGAUGAACGCAAUGUGGAGAAGAAUAACCAGCUGGCAUUUGACAUUGCUGAAAAGGAGUUUGGAAUCUCUCCUAUCAUGACUGGAAAGGAAAUGGCAUCUGUUGGGGAGCCAGACAAGUUGUCCAUGGUGAUGUACCUCACACAGUUCUAUGAGAUGUUCAAGGAUUCCAUCCCUUCCAGUGAGACUCUGGAUCUGAACGCAGAAGAGAAAGCUGCACUGAUUGCCAGUACCAAGUCUCCAAUCUCUUUUCUUAGCAAACUGGGGCAGAGCAUCUCAAGGAAACGAACUCCAAAGGAUAAAAAGGAGAAGGAACUGGAUGGUGCAGGAAAGAGGAGAAAGACCAGCCAGUCAGAGGACGAGGAAGCCCCCCGAAGCUAUAGGGAGGAGAGGCCCACACUUGUGAGCGCCCUGACAGAAAGGAGAAUCGAUGCUGCCAUCGGGAACCAGAACAAGGUGAAGUCCAUGGCAACCCAGCUGCUGGCCAAAUUCGAGGAGAAUGCACCAGUGCAGUCCACAGGCUUACGGAGAAAGCCUGUCCUGCCUUAUCAGGAACGUGUUCACAACCAGCUAUCCUGCAGACAGCGAGAGCAGGGCCGCCUUGCUCCCAUGCCUCAGUGGAAACAGCUGAGGACUAAGGAGCGUUCACGGACCUGCCCUAAAAAAGUGAUCACGCUCUCUCCUUCCUCUUCUCCACCUUCCUCUCCAUGGUAUCCCAGCCAGCAGACAAACAGGGAGCCUGGUGCUGACCCCCCUGGGGAGCAGAGUCCCAGACAGGAAAGGAGAUCUCCUCAGGUUUUUUUUGGUGACCAAGUGCCUGAGCAAGCACUGAAUGUUGAGCAGAGGGCAUGCCAACUGGCUGCCCUCCUGGAGCCGAGGCCGACAAUCAGGCAUCAGCCAGAGACUGAACCGUCUCGUCGAUUCUUUGUUGACCAGUGGGAGCGCUCCCUUAGCCUCCGCACUUCCAACCGCCCUUCUUCACCCUCAUCUGACUCCCUUCGACAGAAGUAUAUAAAGAUGUACACAGGCGGAGUGAGCUCAUUGGCUGAGCAGAUAGCCAAUCAGCUUCAAAGGAAAGAACAGCCUAAAACCCUUCUAGACAAGAAGGAACUGGGCUCACUCAAGAAGGAGUUCCCCCAGAAUUUGGGAGGCAGUGAUGUCUGUUACUUCUGCCGCAAGCGGGUCUACGUGAUGGAAAGGCUGAGUGCUGAAGGCAAGUUCUUCCACCGCAGCUGCUUCAAGUGCGAAUACUGCGCCACCACCCUGCGCUUAUCAUGUUACGCCUAUGACAUUGAAGAUGGUAAAUUCUACUGUAAACCUCACUACUGUUACCGACUCUCUGGUUAUGCUCAAAGGAAGAGACCAGCAGUGGGUCCUCUGUCAGGAAAGGACAACAAAGGAUCCCUGCAGGAAGCCAUGGCAGCUGAAGCAAGUGGACGGGCAAAUUCCAUAGCCAUUUCGGCAGAGAGGACUCCAGGUCCUAAUGUCAAUGGAUUGGAGGAGCCCAGCCUGGCCAAGAGGCUGCGUGGCACGCCUGAGCGCAUUGAGCUGGAGAAUUACCGGCUGUCGCUGCAGCAGGAAGAGGAACUGGAAGAGGUUCCCGAGGAGACCCUGGCAGAGCAUAACCUGAGCAGUGUAUUAGACAAAAGAACAGAAGAGGAUGUACCCAGCAGUAGUUCAGAAUCCGAGAUGGAGGAAGAGGAGGAGGAGGAAGAGGAGGAACCGGGGCAGCCACAGCUGCCCACCUCAGACCUGGGAGGCGUGCCAUGGAAAGAGGCUGUGCGAAUCCAUGCCCUUUUGAAGGGAAAGAACGACGAAGAGCCUGAAAGUCAGAAAAACCACGAGGCUGAAGCCCGGGAAGAGGAAGAAGAGGAGGACGAAGAGUCUAGUGAAGCUGGAAACCUGAGGCUACAGCAGAUUGUAAAUCCGAUUGAUCCCCUGGAGAUCCUGGCAGAUGUGCACUGGACACACAUCCGCGAGAAAGAGGAGGAGGAAAAAAUGGUCCCAAUUUCAAAGUCCUCCACCUCCAGAGCAUCCGACCUUCCCUCCGUACGCCUUGAGGCGGUGCAGGCAUGGCUGGAGACGGUCUCUGGAGCCCCAUUUGAGGAGAAUGAAGUGGAGGAUGAGGUGGGCACAGAACCAGCAGAUACAGAAGGGGAAGCAGGCGAAGAUGGAGACACAGGUGCAGAGCUGGAUGAUGAUCAAAGAUGGUCAGAUGACACCCCAUCUGAUGCAGAAGAUGAGUGUCACUUACCUCAAGGGGACAUGGAAGAGCCAGAAUUGAAAGUCUCUGAGGAUGAGGGUGAGCGAGAGGCCGCUGCUCCCUGCAGUCUGACAGACGAUCCAUGCAAACCCUCUACCCCCAUCUGGUCACCCAAUGAGACCGCUGUUCCUCUGUCCCCAGUUGGUAGUCCCAGUGCAGAACAAAUAGAGAAGGUAAAGGAUCCCCUCACGGCACUGCCCUGCAUGGACAAAUCUCCAGAGACACGCUUUUUUCCUGAACCAUUCCUCCUUGAAGAAAGUCCAAAAGAUGAAAUCCUUGAAGAUCAGAAAGUUAAAAGCCCUUCUGUCUCUCUCUCUCCAAUACGGUCCCAACCAGUUGCAUUGCCAGAAGCCAUCACACCUACAUCACCAGUGCAGUCUCAGACAGCAACACCUAUGUUGGCUUCAUCCUCCCCCUCUGCCCAGUUGCCUAUCUGUUCCCAGCCUUUGCCGUCUGCUGAAGCAUCCAUUCCAUCUCCAGUGGAACCUCCAGUGUGCUUUCAGCCUGUACCAGCCUUAACAUCCACCCCUCUGGCCCAACUUGCCCUGAAGAGCCAAGAUAAUGAGGUGGAAAAAUUGGGGAGCCCUACUACUGCAGAAGAAGCCCUGAAACGGAAUAACCUCGUAGAGGAGUUCUGGAUGAAGAGUGCUGAAAUCCGGAGGAGUCUGGGGCUCACUCCAGUGAACAGAAGCAAAGGGUCAGAGCCUAGCUUCACUGUCUCAGCCCUUGAGUCAGCUCCGCUGAGUGUUUCAGAGGAGGGGAUCCAUCUUCUAAAACCCCAGCCUGCCCCAAGAAGGCUGAUCAUGUCCAAACUAGACAGUGAGCAGAUGUCUCUGCUGACUCCAAAAUCUCCCUCGGACAAAGAGCUGAAGAGUUCCAAUGAAGUAAAGAGAGACUUAUCCAGCAGCUCUGGAUUGGGUCUGCAUGGGAGCUCAUCCAACAUGAGGACAUUGGCCAGCCAGAGCUUCAAUACUUCCGACUCCACUAUGCUCACUCCACCAUCAAGCCCUCCCCCACCACCUCCUCAAAAUGAAGCACCAGCAACUUUGCGUAGAAAGAGGCAUCAGACAAUUUGGCAGAAUGAGUCAGAGUCUAAACCAGCAACAGCACCGACACCUCCUGCACCCUCACCUUAUGAGCACAACCCGCCUGCCAAAGAGUCAACCCAGACCUCAAAAGAAGAGGUGCGGAAGUCAUUUGUGGAGAGUGUGGAUGAGAUUCCAUUUGCUGAUGAUGUGGAAGACACUUACGAUGAGAGAACUGAGGAUACAAGUCUUCAUGAGAAGUUCUUUACACCCCCUACCAGUAGGCCAAGGCCAGAGAAGCCUCUUCACCUGCCAUUGGUCAAAGAGAAUGGUGGACCACCAUCAAUGGAAGGAGGAGCGAACCAAAGAAAGAGAGUGCUGCCUCAAAUCUCUCCAGAAGCCAAGGAGCUAGCUGAGGAAAGAAUGAGAGCCAGAGAGAAGUCUGUAAAGAGUCAGGCAUUGCGGGAUGCCAUGGCUAAGCAGUUGUGUAAGAUGAAAGAUCUGGAGGCAGCUGCAGCUGCUGGGGCCACCAAGGCACGAAAAGCCUCCUCCAUGCCCUUGAAGCCCAAAGAGAGGGUUUUUGAGUCCUCAGCACGUUUGGCCAUGAAAGUAGCAGAGGGCCCCACGCUGAAACAUGAUGCUGCUAAUGAAAGGUUCCUCUCCCCCCCUGCUGACGUUGCUGGGCCCGAAGGGUCCGUCACCUCCUCAGAGGGCUCCAGUGGGAAAAGUAAGAAAAGGACUUCUCUCUUCUCCCCUCGUAAGAACAAAAAGGAGAAGAAAUCCAAGAAUGACAGCCGGCUUUCUGACAAAUCCAGUGGCCUGGCCGAGGAAGCCACCAAGCCCAGAUCAUUGUGGAAGUCUGUUUUCUCUGGAUAUAAGAAAGACAAGAAGAAAAAGACUGAUGACAAAUCCUGCCCUAGCACUCCCUCAAGUGGUGCCACAGUGGACUCUGGGAAGCACAAGGUCUCUCCAAUGGUUAGAGCAGCAGAUUUGCAGCUCCGUCGACACUUGAGUUUCUCAGAGGACUCUGACCUCUCCAGUGAUGACGUUCUCGAACGAUCUUCUCAGAAAUCCAAGCGAGAGUCGAUUUAUGUACCACACGCCCUGGCAUUCAAGAGAUCAUAUUCGUCAAAGAGAGCCUACACUGAGGAGGAGCUGAACGCCAAACUGACCAGGCGAGUGCAGAAAGCUGCCCGGCGACAAGCCAAGCAGGAGGAACUAAAGAGGUUACACAGAGCCCAGAUCAUCCAACGGCAGCUGGAGCAGGUAGAAGAGAAACAGAGGCAGCUGGAGGAGAGGGGGGUUGCAGUGGAGAAGGCCCUUAGAGGAGAAGCAGUUGAGCCCAAUGCCGGGACACCACGUCGUAGACCUCUCUCCUUCUGCCCUUGCUGUGCCCAUGAAGGCAUGGGAAAGAAGGAUGAUCCAAAGCUGAUGCAGGAGUGGUUCAAGCUGGUGCAGGAGAAGAAUGCUUUGGUGCGCUACGAGUCUGAGCUGAUGAUAUUUGCUCGAGAAUUGGAGCUGGAAGACAGGCAGAGCCGGUUACAGCAGGAACUCCGGGAGAGGAUGGCAGUGGAAGAUCACCUGAAAACAGAUGAGGAGCUGUCAGAAGAGAAGAGGAUCCUGAACGAGAUGCUAGAAGUUGUGGAGCAGAGAGACUCUCUGGUGGCCCUCCUUGAGGAGCAGCGGCUUCGAGAAAAAGAGGAGGACAAGGACCUGGAAGCUGUUAUGCUGUCCAAGGGCUCUAGCUUGAACUGGUCCUGAGCUAAGAUACUCACCGCUGCUGGUCUGUGCUAUCCAGUUGGCCUACCGCUGAGUUUGCCAGAACUACCUGGAUCGAGAAAUCUUGAGGGGGAAACCUUGUUAAGGGUUCUGCAGCAUGCAGGAAUUCAGUUUGAAGCACCCAGAAGCCUUUUGAUAAGUGGGUUUGGUUCUAGAGGCUUGGGUCCCACACAACGUCUGCAAACCAAGCUGAAGACGAUGGCCUGAGAUUGCACAGUCUCCUUGGAGUCCUGUACAAGGGGCCAUUAGGAUUUGUGAUAUGAGGGGAAAGGGUAAACUUUUUGUGGAGGGAUUUAUUACCUUUUAAUGGGGAAAAACCCUUAACCAAACUGGAUUUGCUGCAAUCUGAUCUCUCUCCCUUUUUCACUAUUAGCAUUUUUUAAUAAGAGGGAGAGAAAUGGCUACCCUCUCCUGAAAACCACAGCAGCCUGUAGCAGUCCUUGAGGGAGUUAACCAGCUAAAGGAGAGCUCCCGAAGCCCAGAGCAGCACCUUCUUUGUUUUAUUCUUCCUCCCCACCAAAGAAACAAACCUGAGGCGACCAUUAUGCAUGGAUGUGAAGGAACACUGGAAAGAGAAAACAUUGGUGGUGUGUUUGUUUGAAACCUCUUCUGUCCAUCCUGGCUUUUGAGGAGACAAGGGCCUCAGAGGACACACACU